CAAUAGCGCGCCGGGUGGGGAGCCGCGCGGUCCCGGAAACUUUUCCCUCGCGCCUCCGCCGCCGCCGCCAGCGCCCGUCUCCCAGCCGCGGUCGUGCGCUGGGCCGGGGCCACCGCCGCCGCCGCGGGGGCACCGGGCCGGGGGAAGGGGGCGCGGGGAGGCUGCGCCCCGGCGGGGCCACGCGGGAGGCUGGGGCCCGGGCCGGGCGGAGCCAGCGAGCCAUGGGGGAGGCGGCCAGCCCCGCGCCCGCGCUCUGGGACUGGGACUACCUGGACCGCUGCUUCGCCCGCCACCGCGUCUGCAUCUCCUUCGGCCUGUGGAUCUGCGCCUCCUCCUGCUGGAUCGCCGCCCACGCGCUGCUUCUCUAUCUGAGGUGUACAAAGAAAUCCGGACGGGACCAGUCAGCGCUGUGCGCGGCAUGCUGCCUCCUGACCAGCCUGUGUGACACCAUCGGAGCGAUUCUGGCCAGACAGCUCACGAUCCAGGUUUUCACGGGUGCCUACCUAGCAGCUGUUGACUUGGUGAACUUUGUGUUCAUCCUCUUCCCGGUCUGCGGCUCCAAGUUGAAGUCUAAUUUGGGUCGGGGCUCCCGGGAGAGGAAGAGGAGGCAGCGGCUCAGGGCCAGUGUCUUUGCUCUGGCCCUGCCGCUGAGCCUGGGGCCAGGCUGGGUUCUCUGGGCCGCCGUCCGGAAGGCAUCAGGCCCUGUCCGAGGGCCCCAGCGGAGGCUACUGGAGAGCCUGCUGCAGGACAACACUGAAAUCUUCGGCUACCUGCUGGGUGCCAUCGCUGCCUUCGGCUCCUGGGCUUCCCGAAUCCCCCCGCUCUCCAGAAUCUGCCAGGGUAAGGCAUUUCCCUCCAUCCACCUGUGGACCCGGCUCCUGUCGGCCCUGGCGGGCCUCCUCUAUGCCUCGGCCAUUGUGGCCCAUGACCGGCGGCCUGAGUACCUGCUUCGGGCCACACCCUGGUUCCUGACCUCCCUUGGCCGUGCUGCACUGGACCUCUCUAUCAUUUUCCUUUCCUGGGUGAUGAAGAGCAAGAUGAGACGGGCCUUGGGGUUUGCCCCUGAAGCCAGAGAGAGCCCCGACACCCAGGCCCUUUUGACCUGCACAGACAAAGAGGAAGAAAGCCAGGAGGCAAGGUCUCGCCGGUUGGAAAACUGCUGGGCCCACCGGGAAUUCAGACUGGGUGCCUCUCACCACAUUACCACCCUGCAAAUCACUGAGGACAAUGGCAGCCAUCAGUCGCUACAUGGAGCUGACCAUCGAGCCCGUGCAGCAGGCAGGCUGCAGCACCAGCCGGCUGCCUGGCGAUGGACAGAUGAACCCUGGAGACGCGAACCUGCAGGAGCCGCCCUCUUACCCUCCCGUUCAGGUCAUCCGGGCCCGCGUGUCUUCCAGCAGCUCCUGUGAAGUCUCCUCCAUCAACUCCGACCUUGAGUGGGACCCUGAAGAUGUAAAUCUUGAAGGGAACAAAGACAACGUGGAGAUGCUCAGAUCCCAGGUGCACAGGUGCUCCAUGGGGCCAGUGGUCUUGACAUCUGAUGAGUAACACCAGGAGCAAGCCCAUCAGCUCAGAGCCCUUAGUCAAGCCUGUGUCAGGAACUGAGCAGGGAUCAACCUGCAGUGACACCCAUGGCGGGAAUUUAAGCUUCCGCAGAGGCCGCCCGUGAAAGCGAAGAACCAGGAGCUGUCACUGAGCUUGGUUGGUCUGCAUCACAGCUCAGAAUGGAGCUAAGACCUUGGGUCCUGUGGACAGACCCAGGCAUGUGGUUUGUUUUGAAGAUCAGAAGUUCACAGACCACUACUCUUGCUUCGAAGUAGAAACCUUCAUCUAAAGGGCAUUGGACCUGCUCUUCCCUUUCCCUUCAGAUUCGGCCAUACUGUCAAUAUCUGCUAGGUGACAGGAACAUCUAACAAAUAGCUAAUGUGUUUGGAUCUCAGUACAGCCUCAUUCUGCAAGACCUGGCUAAGCCCAGGAGACGAGAGGGAUGGGAACAUGUGCUGGAGAUCUGAGACAUGAUCCCUGGUAUUAAUGGGACCUGGCUCCUGCCUUUCCAGUCACCCACUUGGGUUUUCUUCUGGAAGCUAGAGGUAGGACUGCUUGGUCAACCAGAAGUUUAUAAGAUCGGUGGUGUUGCAAGGGCAAGCAAAACAAAUUGCCUUAGAUACCAGCACUUGCUCCAACUUGGCAAGGUGUGUGCUGGGCAGAGUUUGCAGGUGAGGGGGACUGUCUGCUUCAGGAGCUAACAUGAAAGCAUGUGGAGGGUGGGAGGCAUGGUGGGAGGUGUCAAAUUCAAGCACAGCAAUCCCGUUGUAGGAUUAUUUUGAUACUGUGAUCAUGGGAGGGGGAAAAGAGGGAGGGAAUGGGGCCAAGGUGGGAGGAACACUGGAGUGAAUAAAUCCUGAUUGAGUGAGUUGAGGCAUCUCACUGUGUAGUACAGAGAUGUCUGAAUCCCAGCACGGCCACAAAAGCCAGCCACAAGGGGGAACUGGGAGACAUGCCGAGAAACACAGCUCUGCUCCAGGAUGGCCCCUGGCAGCCUGUGUGACUCAGUCACACAGCUGCCCAGUUUCUCCGAAGGAGUAGUGCAGAUCCCAGCACAACGAAGAGAGUGCCUCAGGGAAGCAGAUUGGUUCCAUAGAUCUCUGUGGAGAUACUAAUCCUCUGAGUGCCUUCUAAGCUGGAAGUGAACUCUAUCCCCUUUAUCCAACUGCUUUGAUCCCUGGGUGUCUUGUAAUGGAGUUUGCUAAAGCCAGUUUUGCUUUGUGAUCUUAACCACAGAAACUGUUCUUUGAGAGAAGAUGAAGAUUUGAGUGGGGGAUGGGGUGGGGAGAGCAUUCCAGAUGAAAUCCUACAGAGGACUGGACACCAGGAAGGAUGGAAUCUUGUCAAGGAAGGAUGAGUCUGAUGUGGCCAGAAUGGGUGGUGCAACAGUGGCUAAAAGGUGAAGAGGCUGGCAAGGAACCAGACCGUGGAGCCUAGGGAGCUGGCACUUAAAACUGUGGCUAAUUGGUAGCCAUGACUGAUACCAGAGUAGGAAGGUGACAGACAUGCCUCAGGUAGGCCACACCUGGUUGGUGAGGCUUUUCUACCUAUGGCCACAACUUUUCAGGAAGCAGAAAUGUAGUCAUGGAUACAGUAGGAACAUGGAGAACAUUUAAUCUGAGUGAUAACAGCAGGGCAGGAGGAGGGCUCAGCUUUAGAAAGAUAAGGCACAGGGGCAGGAUAUCCUCUCUGGAGUCUGCCUGUAGCACAGCCUCCCUCUCUCAAGGGGAGACUGGCCCGUGCUCCCUGGAGCAUCAGAAACUGGCUGGAUCCUGAUGGAAGUGGCCAUUUACCCAAGAACGUCAAAACAGCCUUGCUGAUUGAGCAGCACAAACUACUUGAGUCCCAGAUGCCGUCUGUCUCCCUAGAUCCCAUCGUCCCAGGCUUCCUUCACAAACCAGUUCCUAUGGCUGUGGUCCAAUCCUGCCUCAAAGCUGAAUCCCAGGUCUCUUCACCCAGAGCGAACUAUUAAACUGAAAAUGUUGGAAGCAAA